AAGGGCAAGCGGAAGCGUGCUAGUCCUCAGCAGCUUGGCCUAUUGAACCAAAUUUUUGACAUGACUUUUUUCCCCUCGACAGAGCUACGGAAUGCCCUUGGUAAGGAACUUGGUAUGAUGCCGCGCACUGUCCAGAUUUGGUUCCAGAACCGGCGUCAGUCAUGGCGU